AUGCUUCCUCUGUCGCUGGUCAGCACGUAUCGAGAGUACAAGCGCGACACUGAUGUAUUGGCUUCCUGGCUCGCUCUGACUGCUCGGUCUCACGGAUAUAAAGGUGAUGUGGCCUCUGCUGGUAACGAGGCCGGAGACGGAUCGAAUGCAGAGACGCAGACCGUCAAGGGGGAUGACACCGGCAAGGGAAAUGACAACGGACGGCCAUCGAAAUACAAGGUGGCCAUUCGAAACUUCGUGCCCCUGGCUGAGUCCAUCGCCUCGACCAAGCCAGCGAUUAGCACCCCUCCAUCCAUCGUGAACACGAUCAACAGGGUCAUCACUGCCCGAUCGGAUUUCGCCUCAAAGGUGAAGGAUUUCAGUGGCCUGGAUGCCCACGCCGUCGAAGCGCAUGCUUAUUUCGUGGGGAUUAUCGAAAAGGUCCAAGAUAUACUGGUUCCCAAGGAUGUGGCGAAGACCCGGCAGACUGUUGCGUCAUCAGACGAGGAGACUACAAACCUGUUUGCUGCUCUGGACUUCGAGGAUCCCUCGACCGACUUCCUCAACUCUCCAGAUAUCGACAAGCACAUGUCCAAGGCGGCUCCGGCGGCUCCGGCGUCUCACGCACCAAAGUACGAAGCGGAAACCUCAGACGAGCUCAACACCCUGGACGCGAUCAUCAUCUUCGCCUUGAUGGCAAGCGAUCUCGCAAGAGUUCGUGUAGUAAUUAUUGACACCUGGGGCAAAAAUGCCCGCGGAGAACUCACCCUGUCUACGGCCGCGCUCACCACAUCAGCCGCCGUUGAUCUCGCGAAUCACGCUGUCAAGGAUGUUCUUCCCAUAUUUGAAGCUCAAGGAGGUGUUUGGGAGGUAGCUCAGCAGUUCGUCGCGCUCGUCUGUGCCAAGAAUGGUCCUGAUACGGAAACCCUCAGUUACAGCCAAGGCACGACGCUUAUGUCCGAAGACAUGUACACGACAUACGACCGAUCCCUACUUUGUGUCUACGCAACCCUUAAUGCCUGUCUUCAGUCUAUGAAGGAGGGAAAAGACCUGGAGGUUCCCAUGUUUUCGGGCCCGAAGUCACUCGAUUGGGUCAUGAAAAAGCGUGGACUGUCUGGCAGCCAGCGGUUUGAGCAGGACCAAGACGCAGUCAUCCGCUUAGUUUCAAACUACCUCAUUCUCAGCAGUCAUGUGACAAAGUCAGAGUGGCCCGUCGAGGAUGAGAUACUGCGUGGCAUCCGGGAGAUGAAAGCCACGGGCUCUGUCCCCUUCUAUCUUGUUCUUGCAGCACAGAUCCACGUGGACAUACAGCAAAACCUAGGUAUUCUGACCAUGAAUCCCUCUCAGAAGAUGGUCGAAGAACUCAACAGCAUGAAGGCCGAUCUCAACCAUGAGAUGGGUGGCAAGACUGAUUUCGAGCGUUCUCUGGUUGUGGCGACACAGCCGAGCAUGUGGCCUGUCGCACGCGACAGAAUUGCGAGGGACAUGAUCGAGAUGAUGGACAAGCUUCUGAAGGACCCAUGCCAUCAGGCCAAGCUUCUAAUUGCCGGCACACCACCGCAGCAGGUUGCAGAAGCGUCCUUCUUCAGGGACUCUCCCUACAUGUCCGGUCUCGUUGUUGCCUACUGCCGCAACUACAUGAAGGAGGCUGGCAUCGAUCUUGCCAAUUUCUGGGCCACUUUCGCCAGUACUGCACAUGUCUACAACGCGGUGAAUCAGCUUGGCCUCCUGCGGGAGCCUUGGAGGGACUUGGAGAUUGCGCUCUCAAGAGCUGGUCUCGAGAGCAAGCUUUUCACUGGACCACCUCCCACGGACGGAAAAGACUUUUACAGGAAGUACAGUCUGCAGUUGGGAUUUUCAGCUGUAAACUUUGCCAAUUUGCACAAGAAGAAGGCGGGAAAGGCCAAUACCGAUCCUGCGGGGACCAAAAUCGCACCCCAAGCCGAGAAGCGUCUCAUCCAGCACGAACAUGUUGCUUCAACUUUUACCAGUCUCGUUUCCAAGUACUCGUACGACGGGUCAACGACGGAAUGGGCCGACUUGCUUGUAAGAAACAUUGCUGAAAGCACCACAAGACAUAGAGAGACUCUAUUUGGCGACCAUGGUGCCAACCAUUUCAAGAGGAUCGCGAGCAAAGUCCAGGGCAAAGAGGAGGCCAAAUCCCGGCCAAAGCCAAAUGAAGAGAAUGACACCGAGGCGGGGAAUCGCCUCAGUCCGUGGAAUACGGCCAUACAGCUCAGAAUGGCUCUUCAAGAAGAGUCAGUGGAGUUUGAAUUUCCGUAUCUUGAGUUCCAUCGCUCGGCUCGAUCAACGAUGGAAGUCAUCAAGGGCAUCGUAAUGGAGGCCCUCCAAGGCUUUCUAUCACCGGGUCUGACAGAGGAAGACAUUGAAAUGCAACUUGCUGUCCAAUUAUUGUUCAAAAGUUGCGAUGCCGAUGCCAAAGAGUAUGAUGGUCUCUUUGCCAUGCGGUGUGUUGCCGAUCAUUUCAACCAUCUCAUUCAGACGCAAGGCCAUCCGGUGGAGGAAUACCUCUGUAAGAGGGGCUUCAAGGAGUUCUGCCAUGUUGAGCCUGAAAAGGGAGAUUUGACUAGAUAA